CGUACACAGAACACUCGGCAGGAGCCCACCGGAGGGCAGGGUCAGGAGCCACGCCAGCCCCUGGGGGAGAGGCACCCCGGGCAGGACGCCGAGGUUUGGAGAGCCAGGCUGGGAGAAGGGAAGCUGGGCUGGCCUGGCUGCGGAGGACAGAAGACGGGGUGGCCGGCCCACCCCCCCUGCCCCAACCCAGCCUCCACCCCUGCCCAUUGGAGGCUGACUCAGCCCAUUCUUGGGCCCAGAACCUUCCCUGUGCUAGACCCCGGGGCCUUUGUCCCCAUAGUCAUGAGGUCUGAGGGGGUGGGGACGCUGCUGAUAAAAGGCCUGGGAGACAGCUCUGUGCGCCUCAGAGCUGCGGCCCAUAUGCAGCCCCGGACACAGCCCCUCGCCCAGGCCCUGCCUUUCUCUUUCAGAAGGGCCCUGUGGGGCACUGGGUUCCAGGUGCCGGUCAUGAAGACGGGCACAGGAUGGGAGGGCCUGCAGCAGACCCUGAAGGAAGUUGCCUACAUCCUCCUCUGCUGCUGGUGCAUCAAGGAACUGCUGGAUUGAUGCCCCGGGACCGCCCCCGCCCCGCCCGCCCCUGCACCGCUCAGCGCCGGGCCCAGCCCCCAUCGAGCACCCCCCCGCCCCGACCCCCACCUCCAGGCCAGCUGUGCUUGACCGACGAUGGGCCACAAACAACCGGGGGAAGUGUGGACCCUGCUUCGAGUUUGUGCCCUGUGCCAGCCUCCGUUCCCGCCCGCACCUCUGCUGGACCUCCGGUGCAGGUGCAGGGGAGCUGCCUGGCUGCUGGCUGGGACCCGGAUAAGACUGCCGCGGGACCCGCACCGUGAGCCCACCGGCCUAGAUGGUUGAUUUUUCUGUACUCAGUGCCAGGAAUGGGCUAAGGAUCACUAAACUGUGUGUGCGUGCA